AUGGAUUCCGUUCAAAAUGGCACACUCAAUAAUUUGCAAGGUGAUGACUUUAAAGCAUAUCGAUCGAAGGCAUUUGAGCUAUCAGUUGAAAGUGGAUGUGUUCUUUGGGGAUAUCGCACGAUAAUUCCAAGUAAAUUGCAAAAAACUGUCUUGGAAGCUCUUCACAUGUCUCACUUGGGAAUUGUGAAAACAAAGUCACUCGCGCGCUCAUACGUCUAUUGGCCGAAUAUCGAUAAAGACAUUGAAUUCAUGAUUAAGUCAUGUGAACCGUGUCAAUUGACACAACCAAAUCCAGAGAAGAGUUCACUAAUUCCAUGGACUCCAACAGAUUCUGCUUGGAAAAGAAUUCAUAUCGAUUUUGCAGGUCCAAUUAAGGGAUUAAUGUUAUUCAUUGUGAUUGAUUCUUUUUCUAAAUGGGUCGAAGUGUUUAAAACGAAAGACAUCACAUCAGCUUUUGUGAUCGCCAAGUUGAGGGAAACAUUCUGCCGUUAUGGUUUAGUUGACAUCAUUGUCAGCGAUAACGGAAGGCAAUUUACUUCUGCCGAAUUUCAAGAGUUCGUCAAACAAAAUGGCAUAAAUCACAUUUUCACAGCACCGGGCAAUCCGUCCACUAAUGGCCAAGCUGAAAAUUUUGUCAAAACGCUCAAAAAGUCGAUUGUUGCAAAUAUUAACAAACACAAGAACAUCGACAUGGAUGAAGUACUGAACAAAUUUUUAUUCGACUAUCGCAUCACUAAACACUGUACGACAAAUCAGUCACCUUCAAAAAUAAUGUUUGGUAGAGAAGCGAAAUCGCGAUUCAGUUUGAUGAAACCACCGCUUGUUCGUGGAACCAUCAUACAAAAAAAUCAAACGGCAAUAAAGAAUUACAAAGGCAAACGUAACGUCGAAUUUUCAAAGGGACAACAAGUUUAUGUCCGAAAUUACAAGAAUCCAAAUAAACCUAGUUGGUCACCAGCAAUUGUUAAGCACAAGAUCGGUCCUCGCAAUUACACUUGUUUGCUCAUACGAGAAAAUCGUGACAUCAAACGUCACUUAAAUCAAAUCCGUGGAGCAGUGAAUGAAGAUGGUGCAUCGGAAGCAAGUGCAACGUUAGAGCAAAACGAUGAAGUCGAGCCGACUGAUAUCGUAGAUGAUGAACAAACUGGAGCAUCCAGCGAUGAUGAAGAGACCUCUGAAAAUGAGCAUGAAGCAUCUGGUGGGGGGAGAGGAGUCGUUCGACACAGCGAAUAG